AACUUUGUCUGUUUUAUGCACAUUGUCAGUACAGAAGUCUUGAACUGAUGUCUCUCCGCAAAACUCUUCCAGCUUUUGCGCUCGCGACGCGUGACAGGAGUUUUGCAAUCUCCACUCAUGGUCAUCAACGGAGUGUGCAAGCGUUACAUUCAACCAAAACAAACACUCAAGAGAAGCAUGUGUCCUUCAGUAACAACAUCUCCAUUGACUUUGAACAUACCAAAGAAGCCUACAAGAGCAAAGACACCCUUGAGUUACUGAGAAGCUUGGUAGUUUUCAAACUGUGCACCUAUGACAUCCUGGUUGACUCGAAUAAAGAGAUAAUAGAUCUCAGCAGAAAGCUGUUAGGACAGAAGAUGUUUGAGCAGUUCAUGAAGAUGACGUUCUACGGUCAGUUUGUGGCAGGCGAGGACCAUCAGUCCAUCAAGCCUGUAGUGCAGAAGAACCAAGCGUAUGGAGUGGGAGCUGUGCUGGAUUAUAGUGUAGAAGAGGAUCUCUCACAGGAAGAAGCUGAGAGGAAAGAGAUGGAAUCUUGCAUGUCUACAUCAGAGAAAGAAAGCCCUGGAGCUGACCAUCGGGAGAAGAAGUUCACAGCCCAUCGUAAGUUCGGCGAUCGCCGUGAAGGCGUGACGAGCGCUCGUACGUAUUUCUAUGCCGAUGAGAAGAAAUGCGACCAGCACAUGGAGACUUUCCUGAAAUGCAUCAAAGCCUCAGGUGGAAGUUCUGAAGAUGGCUUCUCGGCUAUUAAGAUGACUGCCCUGGGGCGCCCACAAUUCCUGCUCCAGUUCUCCGAGGUGCUGGUGAAGUGGAGACGUUUUUUUAGUUUCCUGGCUGCCAAGCAGGGGAAAGAUGGUGUGGAGGUGCUGGAGCAGAAACUGGAUCUAGAGCAAUUGCAGACAUGUCUAGCCAGGCUGGGAGCUCAGGGCAACAUUCAGAGCUGCUUCUCUGAUGGACGACUGCACUCAUCAGGCAUGGUGGACAUGCUGGACUGGAACAGUCUGAUCGACGAGAGGACAAAGAUAUCCAAUCUACUAGUUGUCCCAAACCUGCAGACUGGUCAGUUGGAGCCUCUUUUGUCCAAGUUCACGGAGGAAGAGGAAAGGCAGAUGAAAAGGAUGCUGCAGCGACUGGAUGUGUUGGCUAAGCAUGCCGUGGAAAAUGGCGUCAGGCUGAUGGUGGAUGCCGAACAGACAUAUUUCCAGCCUGCCAUCAGCAGACUUACUGUGGAGAUGAAGAGAAUCUUCAACACAGACAAAGCUGUCAUUUUCAACACCUAUCAGUGCUACCUCAAAGAGGCAUUUGAUAAUGUGUCCAUGGACGUUGAGCUAUCGAGAAGGGAGGGCUGGUGUUUCGGUGCCAAGUUGGUAAGGGGGGCUUACAUGUACCAGGAGAGAAGCCGAGCAGCGGAGAUUGGAUACGAAGACCCCAUCAACCCCGACUACGAAUGUACUAACAGAAUGUACCACAGGUGUCUGGAUUACGUGCUGGAGGAGAUCGAACAGAAUAAGAAAGCAAAUGUCAUGGUGGCAUCACACAAUCUAGACACCGUCAAGCAUGCACUCCGAAGGAUGAAUGAAAUGGGUCUGGCACCCACAGAUAAGAAGGUGUACUUCGGCCAGCUCUUGGGAAUGUGUGACCAAAUCAGCUUUCCGUUAGCUCAGGCAGGAUUCCCAGUGUACAAGUACGUUCCGUAUGGUCCGGUGAACGAGGUGAUUCCCUAUCUGUCCCGCCGGGCACAGGAGAACCGUGGCUUUAUGAAAGGAGUGCAGAUGGAGAGAGACCUCCUAUGGAAAGAGCUCAUGCGCCGACUGGCCAGUGGAGAAGUCUUCUACACACCUGCGUUAUAAAACACACUCCACUUCUCACCAGAGACUCCUUACCUUUGUUUUUUGCUUGUUCACCCAUCCAUUCAUAAAUCUUUUUUCACACUCUCA